AUGAGCUUACAAGUUGAACCUAGUCAUACUUCUGAAAGCAUUGAAGAUCCUAUGAAAUUGAUUAAAGAAAGAAUAAUCAGUACUCUUCCGAAAACUCGCCUCUUACAACUAUUAAACAGCAAUCAAAAUCAAUAUUUUGCACAACAAUUAACAGUUCCAGCUGCAACUCGAAAAACUUCAACAACCUCAACCACAACUACAACUUCAACACCCAAAUCAAAUCAAUCAAAAUCCGAUCUGAACAAAGAAGAAAUGAACAGGAUAAAUAUAAAGAAAAUCUUAGACAACGAUGCAAAUUCAAGGUUAAAGUGUUUUAAUAGAGAUGUGAUAACCGGAAAUAUAGUUCAAGGUGGAAACGCAGUUUGUCAAUCACCAGACUCCACUCUAAUGCUCAAGGUUUUAGUGUCCAUAUGCGAUGAAAAGAUAGUUUAUUGCCGGGCAGCUCAUUGUCACAAUGAAGAGUCCAUUAAUUUCCUCAAGAAAUCAUAUCCCGUCUUGGAACAGAAUGUCCCGAUUACUCUCGUAAUCUACUUGUCACACUUCCUUCUUCCAACUCAUUAUGAUCCACAACGUCUUGAAAAUAACCUGUGCAAUAGUCCGAUAAUUGAUCCAAUACUUUGUUAA